AGGAAGUGCUCUCGCUUUUGGGACGACACUUCCUGACUUUAGCCCCCUUUCGUUUCCUGACAGCCGCCGUCGUCCAGGACCAAAGACCGCUGAGGGCUCCAGUCAUGUCGGCAGCUGCUCCGGGGACCAGCAAGGCGGCUCACAGCGAUGUGGCCCCGAAGAAAAAGAGGGGACCCGGUGCCCUGGCUACUGCUUACCUGGUCAUUUACAACGUUGUUAUGACGGCGGGGUGGCUGGUGAUAGCUGUGGGUCUGGUCAGAGCUUACCUGGCCAGAGGCAGCUACCACGGGCUCUACUACUCCAUAGAGAAGCCACUGAAGUUCUUUCAGACCGGAGCUAUUCUAGAGAUACUGCACUGUGCUGUAGGAAUCGUACCCUCCUCUGUGGUCCUGACUGGAUUCCAGGUCAUGUCCCGGGUCUUCCUCACCUGGGCCGUCACACACAGUGUCAGGGAGGUGCAGAGUGAGGAUAGUGUGCUGCUGUUUGUCACAGCCUGGACCGUGACGGAGAUCAUUCGCUACUCUUUCUACACGUUCAGCCUGCUCAAUCACUUGCCGUACCUCAUCAAAUGGGCAAGGUACACUUUUUUCAUCAUGCUGUAUCCUAUGGGAGUGACCGGGGAGCUGCUGACUAUCUAUGCAGCGCUGCCAUACGUGCAGAAGACGGGCCUGUACUCCGUCACCCUCCCCAACAAGUACAACUUCUCCUUCGACUACUAUACCUUCCUCAUCCUCAUCAUGAUCUCCUACAUUCCCCUCUUCCCCCAGCUUUACUUCCACAUGAUACGACAGAGGAAGAAGGUGCUGGGCCACGUAGAGGACUACAGCAAAGUGGAGUGAGCCCAACAAUAUUCAGAGGGACCUGAUCAAGGAAAACACACCAAAACAACCAACAGAAGAGGAACAAAACCAUGUCCGCUUAUUGAAACACUUAAGCCCAACCACAGUUCUCAAACUGCCAGAACUGACCUGGCAUACAAUCCAAUUAUCAAGCAACCUUAUUUUUUUACAGCUGUUGUCUGAGUUGUUUAGAUGCUCACAAAACAUGAACGAACUGCUUUCUUUUUGUUGGUUUUUGUUAUUUUUUUUAUUUAUGAACAAACUGCAGUUGCUUUUUGUUUAGACAGAGAAACUGUAUUUUGACUCGGAUACAGUUGAGCUGCCAUCUGAACGCUGAACAGAACUCAGUCACAGCGAUGCAUUGUACUGAAUGACGCACUGAUAGAAUCGAUAACUUCCUUUUAAAUGACACUAUAAAAAAAAAAAUCCCUAAUAGAUGACUCACCUCUCCCCCCAUGCAGCUCAUCUUUUGGUCUCUUUUAAGAAGCAGUUUUCCUUUAUAACAAUGUAGGAAGAAUAAUGUGAAGACUACUAGUAUUGAAACACAUUUGUAGAUUUUACAUCUGCAGUGUGCUUGUUGGUAUAAACUGUCCAGAUUUGUAAAUUGUUGUUUUUGGUUUUUUUUUCUUAAAUUAAUUUCAGAUUACAUUCAUAAUUUAGUUCAAUAAACCUUUUUCAUUCUGUG